GUGAGAUAAUCAUCGCUAUAAAAGUCUGUUGGGCUGUCAUCAUUGCUAUUCAGCUGUUGUUUCAGCAACAGUGACUAGAACCCAUAGGCUGCAGACAUGAAGCUCUUGUGGACCGUAGCUCUGGUGGGGUUGCUGUUGGUCAACCAAAAUGAAGGCAGCCGGCAGCCAAAAAGACUACGAAGAAGUAUAGCUAUAGUUGACGAGAUUGCAGAACUAAAAACAAAAGUAGAUAAGUUAUCUGAACAAGUUCACAAGCUUGAGGAGCAGAGCCAUGGGGUUCAUAUUCAUAUAGGAAACGACUACCACGAAAAGAGUGGCGACCAUCAUAACGGAGAUGACCACCACAGCGACACCGGGGAUCACAGCGGUGACCAUAGCGACACCGGGGAUCACAGCGGUGACCACAGAGACACCGGGGAUCACAGCGGUGACCACAGCGACACCGGAGAUCACAGCGGUGACCACAGUGACACCGGGGAUCAUUCAUCAGACACACAUGGUACCACCGGGGAUCACAGCGGAGACCAAACAGGUUAUCACAGCGGGGAUCAAACUGGGGAUCACAGCGGAGACCAUAGCGGGGAUCACAGCGGAGACCAUAGCGGGGAUCACAGCGGGGAUCACUCCGGGGACCAUAAUGAUCACCAUAAUGAAGAUGACCAUGACAGCCAUUACCCUCAUGCCCAGCACGUUUACCUCAACAUGAAACUUUCUAGCGGAUGUGGUCAUAAUACAAAGGCAGACGUACACGUAGAGCACGCUCUCCACGCCCAUUGCGAGGUGAUGCCAAACACACAGACUCCAGGUCUAUCCUACAAAAUAAGAGGCCAUAUUGAAUUAACACAGGAGCAAAAUUCUAUGGAAAUUAGGAUUUCGUAUAGGAUAAGAGCUUACCUUCCGAAUGAAGUUACUCCAUCUAUAGUUUCUCGUGUCUUUGACAGCCACGUUGGAGAUCUCGGAAAUAUUGCUGGCGAUGAGCAUACCCAUUAUACUCACACCAAAAAGAUACAUGCCGAUCUACAUGAACUCAUCGGCCGUUCUAUUGCCAUUAACGCCGAUGCCGAUGACAGAACGGGCAGUCAUGGAGGUCCAGUAGCGUGCUGUGUCAUAGGGCGUAGCCAAGACGACCACCAGUCUAAUCAUGAUGAUGACCACGACACCGAUCACAGUGAAGACCAUCAUGGAGAUCAGGACAAUCACGGCGACCAUCAUGACGAUGACGAUCACCAUCACAAUAACGACCACCAUCACCACCAUGACCACCAUCAUGACGAUCAAAAGGACCACCAUGACAAACAUGGCGACCAUCAUGAAAAUCCAGACCACCAUGACAAACAUGGCGACCAUGAUGGUGAUGACCAACAUGACGGUGACCAUCAAGGCGACGAUCAUCAAAACGAUGACCAUCAACACGAGGAUCAUCAAGGCGGCGAUCAACAUGAUCAAGACCAGACUGACCACAACACUGAUGACACACAUCAAGACGUUGACCAUCAACACGAGGAUCAUCAAGGCGGUGAUCAACAUGAUCAAGUCCAGGCUGACCACAACACUGAUGACACACAAGACAAUACGGAUCACCAACCAGACGAUACAGUCUAUCAGGGAUAAACUUGAUCCCAUAAUGACUUUAAAUAAACGAGAUCUUUCUCUGAAUACUUUACUUAUACAGAUGUAUUCAUAGUUAAAAGUGUUGAA